AUGAGUGAGGAAUGUGCUAAUCCUCUCCUUCUGGGUUGGAUCAAAGAAUGGCUGGAACAGGCCCGAGAGCGCAACAGCAAAGGCGUGACCGUAUACAAAAAAGCGUACGAGUCGAUGAAAGCAUGCCCUUUGACCUUUGAGCACCCAUCACAAGCCCAGCAACUAAAUGGCUUGGGUCCCAAGUUAUGUGAACGACUGACGGAGAAGUUGAAGACUCACUGUCAAGAAAAUGGGCUUCCGAUGCCGCAAAUCCCCGGGCAAGGGAGUAAGAGAACAUCAGAUACGGGCGUUGCUGAACAACCGGCCAAGAAGCCGCGAAAGGCACGGCCCUAUGUGCCAGCUCUUCGAUCAGGUCCAUAUGCCAUUCUGCUGGGUCUGGCAACCCAAGGCGAAAGUAGCAGCCAAGGCAUGACCAAAGCCCAGUUGAUCGAGCUUGCACAGCCUCAUUGUGACAGCUCUUUCACAGCACCCCCAGAUCCAUCAAAGUAUUUUACAGCGUGGAGUUCAAUGAGGACCUUGAUUCAAAAGGAAUUUGUCUACGAACAUGGCCGUCCACUUCGGAAGUAUGCACUGACUGAAGAGGGCUGGGAGGUCGCCAAGCGCAUUCAAAAGACCUUGCCAGGGGCAUCGAGUGAAAAUGCUACCUCUACGGGCAACAACUCCCAGGCUUCGACAUUUGCAAACGCCUCUGCCACGGGCAACGCCUCGCUUCUCCUUGAUGAGGGCGAUCGGGCGACAGUGGAUAACCCUGUCGCUGCUUUCCCAGGCAUUCAGACAGACGGGCCUCGGGAGCCAAUCGUACUUCCCCCAGGAAGUUUCACGGUCGAACUCAUUCUGGAUAACCGAGAAGUACGUAGCUCGAAGGAUCGAGACUACAUUGCCAACGAACUCAUAAAAAAGGGUGUCACCCCCCAGGUGCGGGCAUUGGAACUGGGCGAUGCUAUGUGGGUAGCGAAAUGCCGUGAUCCUUUGCAUCUUGCCCAAUUCGGUGAAGAGGGUGAUGAGGUCAUGCUGGACUGGAUUCUCGAAAGAAAGCGUCUUGACGAUCUUGUCCAGUCAAUCAAAGAUGGCCGAUUCAAAGAGCAAAAAUUUCGUCUGAAACGAUCCGGUAUCAAGAACGUCAUUUAUCUGGUCGAAGAAUUUGCCGUGGCACACACCGAAGCUCCCUCGGGGAAUGCCUUCAAAUAUCAAGAGUCCACCGCAUCAGCCAUGGCCUCGACCCAAGUCGUGGACGGGUACUUCCUAAAGAAAACAAAACAACUCGACGAUUCCAUCCGAUACCUGGCCCGCAUGACGCGGCUUUUGGCCAAGAUGUACGGAGCAUACGAUCCGUCUCAGGAUGGGAAUCGCGUGAGCCACACUACAACGGCCACAACUUCCCACUCGGUUGCCUUGAUUCCUACGCGAUGUCUCUCUUCUACCAAGUCAUACCUCCCUUUACUCGACGAACUGCGGACCAAGGACCCGUCCGUGACGUAUGGUGUGACCUUUUCAACCUUCUCGGCGCUGACCUCCAAGUCAGACGUAUUGUCUCUUCGAGAUAUUUUCCUCAAGAUGCUCAUGUGCAUCCGUGGUGUCACAGGCGAGAGGGCGCUGCAGAUCCAGCGUAAAUGGCCCACUCCCCGGCAGCUUGUGGAAGCAUAUCAGGCGCUGGAACCCAGGGAACGAGAGACUCUUUUGGCGACUGAGCUACAUUCUGUCGUGAGAAGAAAGGACUUUGGUAAAGCGCUCAGCAAAAAGGUUGCCGAAAUCUGGGGGGAAGGAAGGUGA